GAACUCAUGGGCGGAUUGUUGCUCGUUCUUUGCGCGUGCCCCUGUUGAAACAUUCGUUAAUUCUGUCGGCUUCCGUUGAUGUUGGCGGGUAGCCCUCGAUAAAGAUCUUGUUUUCCAGCUCUUCCUCGGACCUUCCUGCUUCGUGCCGGUCCACCGCCGAAACUCACGACCGCGGCAGCCACGAUGUCACGAAAGGCUGCCCUUAUGACCGACGGUGCGUGCGUCGUGGUAGAAUGCUCGCAGUCAAGAAACGAAGCUCGUGCUGUUGCUCUCGAUGAAAAUGCACCGUGCAAUCAACCAUCGCUGCCAACUCCUCCUCUUCCCCAGCAGAUAGCCACUGCUACCAAGCCAAAACGCGAUUCACCACGCGACCAGAAGCGCAAGGCAUACUACUACAACAGACUCCAACCGAACAACAAGAAUCGCGCACAGCUGAACAGCAAAGGGAACAAGUUGGGUCAGCGUAGGCUUGUUCAUCAGGAAGUUCAGCCUCACCAACUAGCCGAAGAAUCGGGGAACGAUGUCCACAGCCGUACUAUACAUGCUCAGGGCUCUUUCAGCGCUAAUCUUCCCUCGCAGCGACCUGGCGGUCCGCUGUACACUGGGCAGAUUGCUCACAUUACCAACAACUAUUACUAUAUCACCCCAGAUCAAGUCGGGUCUGGUUCCGUACCACUGGUGUAUGCGGGACACUCCCAUGUUCCAUGGGUACGACCGGCGGCAGCGGCAGCAGUACGCGCACCGCCAACUAGGAUCGAGUUGCAGGAGGCGAGGCCAACAACGGCGGCCAUAGGGAUGUCUUUCGGAGCAAACGAUUCCCAUGGACUUGUUGCAGGCUCACAAGCUGAACCGCGUUCCCGACCGCAAGCGCAGCCGCAACCACAGCCAGUUACAGCGCUUGCACAGCAGCAGGGAUUUGGGACUAGCCCUCGCCAGAACAGCCUGCUGAGCUCAAGCCCUAUCCAUCGUCAUGUCGGCAUCGAAAUCUUGCCCAGAUACAAGACGGCUCCUCGUGAACCUUCUUCAAGUGUAGGGCAGCCCGAACGCGACGCGCAAGGUUUGUACGAGCGCGAAGUUGAACCAAGACCAAUCAACCGGACCCAAACUGUGCCAAUUCGAUGUACCCAGGACUGCAGUAAAUCCAUCUGAGAUUCAGGUGGGUAUUUCACUCCUGAUUCCUCUUACUAGCUCUUGUAACGGGUCCUAACUCUUUCAGCGCUCUACCGGAGAGUAUCCAUCUUCCGUAUAGCUCGUGAUCCAAUAUCUUUGC